GAGACUAUUAGACUAUGGAUUGCGAAAGCUCUCAACUUCUCCCAUCGCUCCUCGUCGAUGAGUGGAGACUAUAGAUUGCGAAAGCUCUCUGUUUUCACUCUUUUGCUCUUAUCGCUACUCGUCGGCCAACGGGGCAAUGCCUCUUUGCGCUGUCUUUUCCUGCUCCCGCUCCCCAUCUAAUCCUUCCCAGCCUUCCCCGCCGGAGAAGCCCUGGCGCUCCUCUGCCUCCGCUAGCGGUGGCGGAAGCGGCGUCGCAGGCGUCCGGAUGCCCACUGCACCGUGGAUGACUUCUCCUCUGAUCCUCCCCGCAGAGCAAAUCCUCGACCUUUCGAAACCAAGAAAGAAGAAUCCAUCUGCGGAGGAAGACAACUUAUCCUACCGCUUCCUCACCUCCGGCGUCCGUGGCGGCCGGAGCCGCGAGGCCAUGCGGAAGAUACUCAAGAGUGUCUCCCUCCUCCGAAAGAUCCUUCCUUCAUUGCCUGAAGCAGAAUGUUCAAGCGAAGAGGUGUCGAUUGAUUUGGCGGUUCUGAAUGCGUUGGAUGGGAUUCCGGCGUCGGAGGUCGGCGAAGGCCCGAGGAGAAAAGCGCCGUGGGCGGCGGCAGAGGAGGAGAUGCUCGUAAUUCCGAGGCUGAAAAAGAAGCGGUUUUUUCCGAAGGCCGAGACUGUUCUGCCCGGGGCAGAACUGGAGAGGCUGAGGGGUGAAGCGAUGAAAAUGAGGAAAUGGGUCAGAGGAAAGAAGGCUGGAGUAACGCCGGAGGUGAUGAAGGGGAUCCGGAGGGCAUGGAGGAAGAGUGAGCUCGCCAUGGUUAAGAUUGUUGAUCCGCUGCGCCAAAAUAUGGUCCGGGCUCACGAGAUUGUUGAGACAAAAACUGGAGGUUUAGUUGUCUGGAGAAAGAAGGAUGUUAUUGUUGCCUAUAGAGGAGACAACUAUCAAAUGGGUACAAAGGCAUUCCCAUCUCCAACUCCUCCUCCUUAUGUGGAACCAUCUUCAUCAAAGUUCAAUAGUUCCCUCUCACCAAUAACAUUUAAUGGGAUCACAAAUGGAGCUAUUAUAUCAGUGAAUAAACAGGUAGUGAAUUCUUUCUCUAAGGAUAUGGAGUUGGAAUCACAAAGGGAUCAUGGGCUGGUCAAUUUCUCACUUUAUGAGAGGGAGGCAAACAGACUAUUGGACGGACUAGGUCCUCGAUUUAUUGAUUGGUGGCGCCGCAAGCCAUUACCUGUUGAUGCUGACUUGCUUCCAGAAAUUGUUCCUGGAUUUAUGACUCCGUUCCGCCGGUGUCCUCCCUAUGAAGGGAAAAGGCUGUCUAAUGAUGACUUGACCUACCUGAGGAAACUUGCUCGUCCAUUGCCUACUCACUUUGCCCUUAGUAAAAACACAAAACUUCAAGGUUUGGCUUGUGCAAUAAUGAAGCUGUGGGAGAAAAGUCUUAUAGCCAAAAUUGCCAUUAAAGUUGGAAUCCAAAAUACUAAUAGUGAGCAAAUGGCAUGGGAGUUAAAGCGUCUGACAGGCGGAGUUCUGAUAUUGAGAAACAAGUUCCUUAUUAUUUUAUUCCGUGGGAAAGAUUUUCUUCCCAGCAGAGUGGCCGGCUCAGUUCUUGAGAGAGAAGCCCAUGUCGAAGUUCAACAGUUGUUAGAAGAAAAAGCUCGUUCAAAAGCAGCAGAGUCGUUUCAUGUUACCAUUAUGUUAGAGACAGCCACAAGUAGCCUUGGAACUUACAGGGAGUUUCAAGACAUUAGAACCAACUACAUUCCUAGAAACAAUGUGGUUUGCAAGGGAGAGCUUGGAAUUGCAGCUGAGAUGGAAAACCUAAAGAAAACUCUACAAGAGCAGAAGCGCAGUCUCUUCAUUCUCAAAGCAAAGAUAGGAAAAUCAGAGAAGGUUUUGGCUAAGCUGAAUUCUUCUUGGAGUCCUUCUGAACUUUCUGCAGACAGAGAACUCCUUACAGAAGAGGAAAGAGAAUCAUUAAGAAAGAUAGGCAUGAAAAUGGAUAAAAUCUUGUUGUUAGGAAGGAGAGGAGUAUUUGAUGGUGUGAUUGGAAGCAUUCACCAGCAUUGGAAGCACAGAGAAGUCGUCAAGGUAAUCACAUUGCAGAAGGCAGUACAACAGAUAUCCCACACAGCUAGACUGCUUGAGAUAGAGAGUGGAGGAAUAGUUGUUGCAGUAGAAAAACAAGGAAGAGGUCAUGCCAUUAUUAUUUACCGUGGGAGAAAUUACAGAAGACCAUUAAACCUUUCACCUGAACAUCUACUGACAAAACGAGAGGCAUUUCAGCGAUCAAUUGAGCUUCAGAGACGAGGGUCAUUGAGAUUCUUUGCAAAGGAGAGGGAGCAGUAUAUAUGGGAGCUGGAAAGAAAACUGAGAGAGCUUGAGCAAAAGGCAAGAGGAUUCCAGACUGCUGAUACUGGGCAUCCAGAAGAUUUAAAUUAGAUGAUUUGAAGUUUGGGGAGUAUAAUAUGCCAUUAUUGAGAAUUUCUUUCAAUAGUUUUUAUUCAAUUGUAUAUUUCAAAUGAAAUGUGGAGGCACUAUGUUAUGUGUUUUCAGGUUAACUAAGGCUUCGUUUGGGUCAGCUUUCUUAUUGCUUUGUAAAGCUGCAUUUUAGUACAAAAUCUUCACUUUUUUACUAGAAAGCUGCUUUAAGAAGCAGUAAAAAAGCCGUCUGUGCGUCGGCAAAGAAAGAGAAGUCCUGGUGGCUCAGGCUAUGUGAUGCUUUUAAGUGGCAAGCAGAGAAGAGAGGUGCUAACACUUUGUAUUGUUGAUAUGAUGAUUGUGUGAUAAAAUUCAAUUUUGUACUUUAUGUUUUGGUGUAUUUUAUGUACUUUUGAGGAUGUAUUAAGCCACCAGAUUUUUAUCAUAUCAAUAUUUAUGGUAGUGGGCAUUUACAA